AUGGAGACUGAGUUUGAAGGGUUUGUCAUCACGGGAGCAGGAAUUGCUGGUCUUGCCACUGCUCUUGCUCUUCACAGCAUGGUGUUGGAAAAAGCAGAGAGUCUGCGUGCAACAGGAGGUGGAAUCGAAAUCUGGACUAAUGCUUGGAAGGCUCUCACCGUCCUUGGCAUUGCAGACUACCUCCGCGAACAACAUCCCAUUCCAUUACAGAGUUUUGAGUUGAUCACUCUCGAUGGAGGUGGAAUGAUUCGGAAUUUCUCUCUCCAAGCGAAUGACAGGUGCGUAAAAAGAACAGCUUUACUGGAGGCUCUGGCCACACUAGCUCUUCCUCCGGUGACCAUUAAAUUCAACAGUAGAGUCCUCCGUGUGCGGCAAUCUCUGAGCUCCAAAUAUUCGUCGGAAACGGAGCUGGAAGAUGGAACCGUCAUCAGAGCAAAGUUAAGACAAAAUAUAACCAGAUCCACAAAGAAACAGAAGAAAUAUUGA